GAAAUUCUGCAGAUGGCAACACUGAACACCAGAAGGAAAACAAAUACUGAACAAAACAACAAAACGUGUAAUAAAAGUUUCUGCGCAGUGAAAGUUAGAACUUAUCAGUAGAACUUUUCUGCAAGCUUGUUGGUGCCGUCAGCGGUUUUAAUUUGCAGCAUCCAAGUAGUUAAACAAAUAUAAUUUUUUCGUAUUUUGCAUACUAAAUAAAUAAAUUGAUAAGAUUAUUUUUGGAUACAAGUUUUAGUCGAACGCUAAUAAUAAUAUUUAUUUAUUUAAUUAUCGCGGUGUAAAAUUAAGACCCAAUUGCCAUAUACAGAAUAAAUAAAUUGGUUUACUUGUGAGCUCUAAAGGUUUUAUAAAAUAUUUUAAUAAAAUAUGACUUGGGGAUUCGUAACUUGUGGUCCAAAUGAGGCUCUAGUAGUUUCAGGAUGCUGUUAUAUGAAACCAUUAUUAGUGCCUGGCGGUCGCGCUUUUGUAUGGCCAACAAUUCAACGUGUGCAGAGAAUAUCUCUGAACACUAUGACCCUACAAGUCGAAAGUCCUUGCGUUUAUACAAGCCAGGGUGUGCCAAUAUCCGUAACGGGUAUUGCUCAAGUGAAGGUUCAGGGUCAAAAUGAGGAUAUGCUGCUUACAGCGUGUGAACAAUUUUUGGGAAAAAAUGAAUCUGAAAUUCAGCAUAUUGCGCUCGUGACAUUGGAAGGUCACCAACGUGCUAUCAUGGGUUCAAUGACUGUCGAAGAAAUCUAUAAGGAUCGCAAGAAGUUCAGUAAACAAGUAUUUGAAGUUGCGUCAUCUGACUUGGCAAAUAUGGGCAUCACUGUAGUGUCAUACACUCUGAAAGAUAUUCGAGAUGAAGAAGGUGAUUCGAAGGGAUACCUUAAAUCACUUGGUAUGGCACGUACAGCAGAAGUGAAACGUGAUGCACGCAUUGGUGAAGCUGAGGCUCGUUGUGAAGCAACAAUCAAGGAAGCUAUAGCUGAAGAGCAACGUAUGGCUUCUAGAUUCCUAAAUGAUACUGAGAUUGCCAAAGCACAACGUGACUUUGAAUUGAAAAAAGCCGCUUAUGAUGUUGAAGUUCAAACAAAGAAAGCUGAAGCUGAGAUGGCUUAUGAAUUGCAAGCUGCCAAGACUAAGCAACGCAUUAAGGAAGAGCAAAUGCAAGUGAAAGUUAUUGAACGUACACAAGAAAUAGCUGUACAAGAUCAAGAAAUUCAACGUCGCGAAAGGGAACUCGAAGCUACAAUACGACGCCCAGCAGAGGCAGAAAAAUAUCGCUUAGAAAAAUUAGCUGAAGCUAAUAAACUACGAGUAGUUAUGGAAGCUGAAGCAGAGGCAGAAUCUAUUAAAAUUCGAGGUGAAGCUGAAGCAUAUGCAAUUCAAUUGAAAGCAAAAGCUGAAGCUGAACAAAUGGCACAAAAGGCUGAAGCCUGGCGUGAAUACCGUGAGGCUGCUAUGGUUGAAAUGUUGUUGGACACUUUACCAAAGGUUGCUGCAGAAGUUGCUGCUCCAUUAUCACAAGCCAAAAAGAUUACUAUGGUAUCGAGUGGACAAGGUGAAAUUGGAGCUGCAAAACUCACUGGUGAAGUUUUGCAAAUUGUUAACAAAGUGCCAGAGUUGGUCAAGAACAUAACUGGCGUUGAUAUUGCUAGGUCCGUGCAUGCAGGUUAAACCAAUGAAAACGUUGAAUUUCAUUUACACAUAAAUGAAAAAAAGUCUUAACAAAAAGUCUUAUUCGGAAUUAAUUAAAAUGUGCAACUUAAAAAUAUACUAUAUGUAUACAAAAAAAAAAAAAAAAAAAUAAACAGAAAAGAAUCUAUAAAAUGUAAAGAACUUUAUAAAAUACUCAGCAACCAAAGCAACUAUUACUGAAUUGUACUGGAAUUGUCUGUAUUUACCAAUUUACUACAUUUACAAAAAGCAUAAAAAAAAAUAAUAUACAGAACUUAAAAGAUACAUAUAAAUCGAAUAAAAUAAAUAAAUUAAAUCAAAAAUAAAUAUUUUUAAUGGCAUUUUUACAUAGUACACAAAACAAUCCAUGCGCAAAGCAUUAAUUAAUAAUUAAUAAUUAAAAAUUACAAUGGAGAAAUGUACACAAACCAAAUAUAUACUUUUAUUAUACACGUAUAAAUAUUUAUAAAUGAAAUAUUUUCUAAUGUAUUUAUUAUAUAAAGAAAAACCAAUCAUUUUGUCGAGUUAACAUAAUAUGCUUUUUUUACUAAUAUAUAUAUGUAUGUACGCAUUUACAGUUUAAUUAUAAUUAAAUGUAUUGUACUAAAAAUUUACAUUGAACUUUGCUGCUUAGUUAUUGUGUUCUAAAAUUUUGUAUUGAAGUGUAUCGAAAUUUAGUUAUUGUAGUUCGAAAAAUUUAUUUAAAUAAAUGUUUGUUGAAAAACAAAACAUA